AUGGGCUCCCUGUUGAGCAGCCUCUUGGGCAAGCCGGAGCCCCCGCCGCCCAUGGUGCUCGUGCCGCCGCUCUUCGACUACCCGCCCAUCGCCGCCCGCACCAGGAUGGCCGUGCCGGCGUAUGAGCUCAUGUUCGGGAAGCUCCCGCUGCGCAGUCUGUUUGAGGACUACUUCGAUAACGCGGGGACCAUAUCCUCGAGGAUCAUGCUCAAGCCGCUGGAAGAUCCCCACGUUGAUCUGGUCGCCAACGUAUCUGCAGCUGGAGAUAAAGCUAGUGGAACAGAAGUAAAAGGAGACGCUCUAUUUCGCUGGCAGAAAUAUUUGUAUGAUCCCCAUACCUUUGUGGACGUUCAAGUGUCGACUUCAGAACCCAUGCUGAAGCUGAGGUCAUGUGCUUACUUCCCUGAGUAUCGUCUUGGUGCAUUUGGGACAAUCCCUUUGCUAAUGGGAAACAGGCUGUCUUCUGAGGACUAUGCUGUCCUGGGUGUGAGAUAUGGUUCAGAGAAUCUAUCAAUUGGGGCGUCCUUUGUGCCAUUGCCUGAAUCUGCUGAGGUGCCUUAUGGAGCAUGGUUGGUUGGGAGAAAAGGGAGUUUAUGUGCAGGAGCUCAAUAUAAGCCACUUAGUGGAAACAAACAUCCUAUGCCAUACACGGACCCGAAGAACUGGAAUUAUGCAAUCAGUUAUGGUGUGGCCUCAACAAGCCCUCUCAGCCCUUCAUUCAAUUUUUCCCUAGAGCUUGCCAGAAAUACACAGGCAACUUCAAAGAAAACCUUGAUAUCUCUAACACUAACUGUGUUUAUCUUCACCGAGUCUCAUGGUCAAUGGAAUUUUGUUUUCCUUGAUGUGCAGUUCAUUGCAUCAUUCUAUCAGCACCUGGUUGUUCAAAGAAGGAUAAAAAACCCUUUUGAAGAUGAUCAGGUUGUUGGGAUCACAAACUACAUAGACUUGGGGCUUGAGUUGGCUACAGGCUUACUAACUCCGUGUUCACUGUUGUCAGGAUUGAUAAAAGGAAAGCUGGGUCCUUCCAAGUCGUCCGUAGCUCUGGCAUUCAAGUCAUGGUGGAGACCAUCCUUCACAUUUAGCGUCACAGCGGAGAACGACCACUCGAAGGGGACAACGUCGUACGGCUUUGGAAUCCGCGUGGAGGAUCUCAGGAAGCCCAGCUACGAGAGGGCAGACCCGAACUACGUGAUGAUGUCGACGAACAAGGAGCACCUGGCGCCGGCCGCCCUGCGCGAGUUCGGGCAGCGGCCCAUGUUCCAGGCGGAUGUGGACUCGGGCAACUUCGAUCACCUGCCCACGGAGCUCAGGCCCAUGAGCAAGAUCAUCUAG